AUGGAAAAUGUAGGUUUUUCUCAAUGUUUUUUUUUUUUGAAAUUUUGAAACAAAAUAAUUUUUAGCGAGAAGAAGAUGAACAUUUUGUUCAUAUUUUAAAACGCGAUGAAGAAAUCGAUCAAAUUAGUCUAAAUCAUCAGAGUCGCCGAAGCACAGGAACUUCAUCGGGCUCAAAACUAACAACGGCUGAGGUUUGAGAUUUUAUUUUUGAAGAAAAAUAUUUUGGUUUUUCCAGGUCGAAAAUGCGCACUUUGUGGAACAUACUGCAGAGGUACAGAUCCUCUCACCCUAAAAUAUUUUUUCUUGAAACGAUAAUGUUUAAAUUUAAAAUUCCAGAUCCAUAGAGCUGAAAAUUUUUUGGACUACAAUCCAGAAAGAUAUUCUGAAGUUCAUGAAGAUUCUGAUGAUAGUUUUGAGAAGGUUAUUUUUCGUGUAGUUCAAACAUUAAAUAGAAACUUCUGAAUUUUCCAGAGAGAAAACUUUCACGCUGUUGAAAAAGUUGUGCAUUAUGAUCCAUACACCACAAAACCAGAAACUGAAGAGGAAAUUGAAGAAUAUCAACAUAGGAGUUCUACUGAUGAAUCGUCAAUUGUUGAGGUUUGAUUUCCAGUAAUUUCUAAUUGUAAGAAAAAAAGAUCUAAUAUUUCAGAAUCGGGUUACACCACAUCCACAACCCUCAGAGCGUCAUGAAUCACCAAUUCUUGAACAGGUUUGAUAAAUCAUAGUUUAUACGAUUGGAAACUUGAUAGUUUCCAUAAACAAUUUUCAUCUAAACUUUUUUCCAGUCGAUCCCCCACGAGGAACAUGAAUAUGAAAAACCAAGAUCUCGCCAACACUAUUCUACAGUAACUGUUAAAGCAAGCGAUCUUCCAAGAUAUGAAAACCCACCUGUUCCAGAAGUUCGAGGGGUAGAUGUAGAAAAUCAUCAAUAUGUUCACAAUAUUCUUGUUGGACAAUCGAUGAGAUCUAAUAAAAUUUGGGAAACCUGACAAAGAAGAUGAUGAUUAUCUUGAUCUCAAGCAACAACAACAUCAAAAUCAGCAAAUUACACAAUCUCACGAGACUAAUGAUCAACAAAAAAUUGUUCAAACUCCGGUGAAAAAAGAGAAAAAUCCAUACAUGGCUUUUGAUAUCAACGCAGAAGCGGCCGAUCCUCUUCUCGCACAAAAAUAUGAUUUAGAUGAUCGAGAUAUUCAUGACAGUGUUCAAUAUUUGAAUGUACGUCAUAUUUAAAGAGAAAAUAAUUUCAGAUCAAAACUUCAAAUUUUACAGACUGGAUUUUUCGAAGUCUUUGCCGAGCCAAGUCCCCAAUAUCACAGUAUCGCAUGCGUUUGGACUUUGUCUUUCAAAAUAUUCGAGAUUGUCAGAGUUUAUAGUUAUAAAAUUCUAACACUUAUUUUUGGAUUACUCAUCGCAAUUUUAGCUGGAUUCUUUUUUGCCUUUGUUUGCAUUUAUCAAUAUUUGGAUUGUUAGAGUAAGUUCAAGUUGUUGAAAGAAAAUUAUCAAAGUUGGUGUUUUAUUUCAGAAUUUUUAAAUCAGAAAUUAUCGAUUUAUGAAAUUCUUAAUUUUUUGAAUUUUCACACAAAACAACUUUUUUCAGCCAUCUUUGUUCCUUGCUCGCUGUGCUCUUUCCCAAAUUAUCACAAUCUGGCCGCUGACUUUAAUCUACAUUGUUCGCCCAUUUUUCUAUUCUGUCGGUGCAAUUUUCUCAACUGCCAGAUUACACACUUCAAAUGGCGCAAAUAUACCGGAAGUGUGGGAAAAACAUGUUCACAUUGUUUAG